AUGGAUGUGACUUGUUUAGCCAUUUUCUUCCUUCUCCUUGCGCCUCUGAGCCAAUCUCUGGCAAAUGGGCAGCCACUGGUUCCUGCAAUGUUCACAUUUGGGGACUCUGUUCUUGAUGUGGGCAUCAACAAUCACCUCAAAACCCUCAUGAAAGCUAACUUUCCCCCUUAUGGGAGAGAUUUUGUUACUCACAACCCCACUGGAAGGUUCUGCAAUGGAAAACUUGCCUCAGAUUUCACUGCUGACUACUUGGGAUUUACAUCUUACCCACAAGCUUACCUGGGAGAAGCAGGAGGAAAGAACCUCCUGAUUGGAGCAAGCUUUGCCUCAGCUGCUUCUGGAUACCUUGACACAACAGCCCACCUAUAUAAUGCUCUUUCCCUAACGCAGCAGCUGGAAUACUACAAGGAGUAUCAGAACAAAGUAGCAGAAUUUGCUGGCAAACCCAACGCUUCAGCUAUCAUAUCUGGUGCUAUUUACCUUGUCAGUGCGGGGAGCAAUGACUUUCUGCAGAACUAUUACGUGAAUCCUCUGGUUUACAAGAAAUAUACUGUUACUCAGUUUGCUGACAUUCUCAUCGCCUCCUACAUCAACUUCAUUCAGAAUCUUUAUGCAUUGGGAGCACGGAGGAUUGGAGUGACAACAUUACCACCGCUUGGAUGUCUUCCGACAGCCAUAACAAUCUUUGGAUCUGACAGCAAUGAGUGUGUGGGGAAGCUAAACAAUGAUGCAGUUUCAUUCAAUAGCAAGCUCAAUGCCACAUCUCAGAGCUUGCAUGCCGAGCUUCCUGGCCUCAAUUUGGUUGUCUUGGACACUUACAAGCCUCUCUAUCAACUUGUCACAAAGCCUGCUGAAAACGGUUUCUUCGAGGCAAGGAAGGCGUGCUGUGGCACAGGCUUGCUCGAGACAUCAAUCCUAUGCAACAAAGAAUCGGUAGGGACAUGUGCGAACGCAUCUGAAUACGUGUUCUGGGAUGGAUUCCACCCAUCAGAAGCUGCAAACAAGUUCUUGGCCGAUAAUCUACUCCCCGCUGGCAUCUCUCUCAUUUCAUAAAUCAUACGCCUCACUGCCCCAAAGUUGUUGCCUCUCUACUUUUUAUCGUGUGAAAGUUAUUUUAUUUAUAAUCAAAUAAAUUAUAAAUAUAUAAAAAAAAGUAAUAAAUAGAGAUACCUA